CCAAAGUAUGGAGCACUUAACAGCUCUCAGCCUGACACUUGCGGUGUUUUUGGCUCUUUGCGACGGCGCUCCCACGACAGCAUCACCAGAGGACCAUCAAAGAGCAGAGGCCUAUCUGUCAACAUUCUACAGGGACCUAAACGCGACUAAAUUCCGCAGCAGAAUGAUGCCAGAUCUAGAAGAUGAACUGAAGGCCAUGCAGAAGUUUUUUGGACUGGAGGUCACGGGUAAGCUGGACUCGAACACUCUUGAGACGAUGAAGCUGCCGCGCUGUGGAGUCACUGAUGUGGCUAGAUAUGCACACUUCCAGGGGACGCCCAGGUGGAAGCAGAGCGUUGUAACAUACAGAAUAACUGAAUAUACAUCGCAGCUGAGAAAGAGAGAGGUGGACGCCACCAUCGCCAAAGCUUUCCAGCUCUACAGUGAUGUUAUUCCACUUGACUUCAAACAGAUCUACAGCGGCACAGCUGAUAUCAUGAUUCUCUUCAAAGCAGGAUAUCAUGGAGAUUUUUACCCAUUUGAUGGGCCUAAUGGGGUUCUGGCCCAUGCCAACGCACCCGGUCCAGAGCAGGGAGGAGACACACACUUUGAUGAGGAUGAGAGGUGGACCCUACAUUCACGAGAUAUAAACCUGCUUUUGGUGGCUGCUCAUGAAUUCGGACAUGCACUGGGACUAGAGCACUCCAAAGACCCUUCGGCUCUCAUGUAUCCAACUUACCGAUACGUCAACACGAAUGGCUAUACACUACCCCGUGAUGACCGACUUGGGGUCCAGGCCCUGUAUGGAGUUAGAACAUCAACAAAUAAACCUGAACCAAAACCAAAUCCUGGACUGACCCCACCAGAACCAUGUAAACGUGACUUGGUGUUUGAUGCAGCGACCAGCAUCCGUGGAGAACUGUACUUCUUUAAAGAUGGAUAUUACUGGAAGAAGGGCUACUAUAGUGGACUUUCAAUGCAUGAAAUAAAAUCUACCUGGCCAUCGAUUGACUCUGUAGAUGCUGCUUAUGAGUUCAGUGGCAGAGACAUUAAUUUCCUCUUCAAAGGUCAGCAGUACUGGGCAGUAAAAGGCAGAACUACUUUACCUGGAUAUCCCAAACCCAUAACCGAAUUUGGGUUUCCCACAUACGUGAGAAAGAUUGAUGCAGCUGUAUAUGUAAAAUCAACUGGGCGCACUUUGUUUUUUGUUGGAACCAAAUACUGGAGCUUCAAUGAAAGAACAGCUCAAAUGGACAGAGGCUUUCCUAAAACUAUUCGACAUCAUUUCCCUGGCAUUGGGUCACGGGUGGAUGCUGCUUUUGAAAAUUAUGGUUAUCUGUAUUUCUCAGAAGGUUCAAGGCAAACGGAGUAUAAUUUCACUUUAAGACGAGUGAAUCGUGUUCUGUUGAACUAUGGAUGGCUAGACUGCUACUAAACAUUUCAAUUAAUAUCAAAAGAAAUGAAAUGAAUGUUAAAGUAUUAAUUAUUAUUAAUGCACCUAUAUUUUUCCUGUUUUUGUUAUUAUUAUUAUUAUUGUUAUAGACAAU